GGCUCUUCAAGUAUUGUUUGAAAGUUUUUACUGCCUAAAACAGCUCACACAAAGCGUUGGAUUUAAAGCGCUUAUCGAGGCUUUGACAUGUCGCAGCGAGUUCAUUUGUAGAUCCGAAUGUCAACGGUGAACAAGUGCAAAAGUCAGACGACAACGCAGCGCACCACGACAGAUCGCCAAUUCCCAGAUCUCCAAAGGCAGGAUAUACCAUAUAGCUAAUCGUGUUCGGUGUUCUCUUGAUUAAAAUGGACUUUGGCGAGUUUCGCGAGUUUGGACACGCCUCGAUUGAGUUUAUUAUCAACUACUUGAGCAACAUACGUGACAGAAAUGUGCUGUCCAGUGUGGUGCCCCACGAAGUCAUCAACCAACUGCCCAGACAGAUACCAGAACAACCGGAACACUGGCGGCAAGUUCUCAACGAUUUGGAGCAUAUUAUAUUGCCUGGAUUGACCCAUUGGCAAUCCCCAUACUUCAAUGCCUUCUAUCCGUCGUCGACAUCGGCUGGUUCCAUAAUAGGCGAGCUACUCAUAGCAGGAAUCGGAGUUUUGGGAUUCAGUUGGAUAUGCAGCCCGGCGUGCACGGAGCUGGAAGUGGUCGUCAUGGACUGGCUGGCCAAAUUCCUAAAGCUGCCCAGCCAUUUUCUGCACGAGUCCGAGGGUCCCGGCGGCGGCGUCAUUCAGGGUUCCGCCAGCGAGGCUGUGCUGGUCGCCGUACUGGCGGCGCGCGAACAGGCCGUGCGCCGGGAGCGCGAAUGUCAUCCGGAGCAGAGUGAGAGCGAAAUACGCGGCAAACUAAUUGCCUAUUCAUCGGAUCAGAGCAACAGCUGCAUUGAGAAGGCGGGCGUAUUGGCGGCCAUGCCGAUCAAAUUGCUGCCGGCCGGCGAUGAUCUGGUGCUACGCGGCGCCGCACUGAAGGAGGCCAUUGAACGAGAUGUGGCCGCCGGCCUCAUACCAGUCAUCUGCGUAGCCACGCUGGGCACGACAGGCACGUGCGCCUACGAUGACAUUGAAUCGCUCAGCAGCAUCUGCGAGCAGCACCAGGUGUGGCUGCAUGUGGAUGCGGCAUACGCUGGCGGCGCAUUCGCCCUGGACGAAUGCGCUGAACUGCGUCGAGGUCUGGAUCGCGUGGACUCUUUGAACUUUAAUUUACAUAAAUUUAUGCUUGUCAAUUUUGACUGCUCGGCGAUGUGGCUGCGCGAUGCCAACAAGGUAAUUGACAGCUUCAAUGUGGAUCGCAUCUAUCUGAAGCACAAGCAUGAGGGUCAGACGCAGAUUCCGGACUUUCGCCACUGGCAGAUUCCGUUGGGUCGCCGCUUCCGUGCCCUCAAGGUAUGGAUAACAUUCCGUACUCUGGGCGCUGAGGGUCUCCGUGCACACAUGCGCAAGCACAUUGAUUUGGCUAUCCAGUUCGAAAAUCUGGUGAAGGCUGACGAACGUUUUGAGGUGGUUGCUCCACGCGCCCUAGGACUGGUUUGUUUCCGGGCAAAGGGUGAUAAUGAAGUAACGUCACAGUUGCUACAACGUUUGAUGGAGCGCAAAAAGAUUUACAUGGUCAAGGCAGAACAUCGUGGACAGCUGUUUCUGCGAUUUGUUGUAUGCGGCAUGGAUCCCAAGCCAUCGGACAUUCAGUUCGCCUGGACGGAGAUUGAGACACAGCUGACAUCACUCUGUGCUGAGCAACUGGUAAAUGCGCGCAAGGCUGGCGAACUAUCAGAGCUAACGCAUCAUUUAAGUGGGCUGCAUCUAACAAAUGAAACGCUGCAGCGCUAGUCGAAUAUUCAGUAAUAUUGCAAUUAAAAAAUACAUAAUCGAUAUUAAUGGCAUUGUAACAAGUAGAUAAUAAAAAAUAAAUCAAUCAUAAA